AUGUACCCCUGCCGUGCCAGCAAGGAGCUGAGAGAUCUGGCCUCCAAACACCCAAACCUGGUUCUUGUGAAGCUGGAUGUUGCAAACCCCUCGGACAUCACCGAGGCGGCCAAGGUGGUGGAGGGGAGGCUGGACGGGGCGGGCCUGAACCUGCUCAUCAACAACGCUGCCAUCUACACCCCCACGGCCUCCCUGGAGGGGGUGGAUGCUGAGGACAUGAUGAGGACCUACCAGACCAACACGGUGGGGCCGCUGCUGAUGGCACAGGCAUUCCUGCCCCUGCUGAAGAAGGCUGCCCAGGAGAGCACAGAAAAGGGCCUGAGCUGCAGCAGGGCAGCCAUCAUCAACAUCUCCUCUGUCAUGGGGUCCAUCGAGAGGACUGCUGAGUCCUUCUUCAAGCCUGUCAUCUCCUACCGCUGCAGCAAGGCUGCCCUCAACAUGCUCACCAAGUGCCAGGCCCUGACCUACAGGGAUGCUGGGAUCCUCUGCGUGGCCCUUCACCCUGGCUGGGUGAAAACAGACAUGGGCACCCAGGAGGCUGAGCUGACGGUGGACACCAGCGUGCGGGGGCUGCUCUCUGUCCUGCCCAUCCUCUCUGAGAAGCACAAUGGGACCCUGCUCAACUGGGAAGGUAAAGCUAUUCCUUGGUGA